GUAAUUCAGAAUUCUACCGAAGCGUUGUUGCUGGCAAAGCAUCCAAACAUCAGUGCAGCACACGAGAAGAAAACACCGAUUCCUUUCCCUCCUCCGCAGACGCCUUUCUCGUUUCUCUGACCGCAAUAGCAACAUGCGUCUCACAGCAGGCAAGAUUUACGUUUGGGGAGGCCUCACGUUUCUUCUUCUUAUCGCGUGGAACCGGCACUCCACCAAGCAGCUGCGCACCGUUGUCGACAGCAUCAAGGAGGAGAAGAAGCGGGAGGCGGAGCGGCUGCGGAUGUACCAACAGGGCGGACAGGGAGGCGGUGCCCCGGUGAUGGUGGGCGAUGCGCAUAUGCCGAAGCACUUUAACCCCUAUUACAAACAGCAAGAGAUGGAGAACGCCUCGGCGGAUAAGUAG